CCUACACACUAUUUUCCUAUUCAAUUACAUGGAGAAUUAAUUCCUUAUUUUAGGCUGGAAAAACUUGGCUUGGUGGCAUAUUUAGCAGAUUACUACCUAAAGGUCCUAAUCAAAUGAUCUUGCCAGAUGAUAAAAAUCCUACGAUUGUAUGGGAUGAUGUAAAAAAUUGUUGGGUGAACAAAGAUAGCAAUGAUGAUGAAGAUAGUAGUGCACCUGUUGCUCCUCCUACAGAUUCAGAAUUAAUGGGUUCCAAGUCUUCCGAAAUGAAUUUUCAGAGUCCAACCAAUAGUUCUUUUCCUCCAGUGAAUUCUAUGGUGACUAAUAAUUCAGUGCCUCCUUCAACUGCCUCUUCUCAACCAGUAAACAAAUUUCAAAGGCCAAAAACUAGAGGGAUGCGUCAAAACUAUGUUGAUGUUCUAAGUACAAGUGGUGUUACUAAGAAAAAUGUCAUACCUGAAGGCCUAUUUACUCCAUCUUACGAUGCUGCCGUUUCGCCAAAUGUAUUUAUGCCACCAGCAGCACCAACAUCAAGUGAAAAUACUGCAAAUGUAGAAUCAAGUAAUGCAAAUUACAAUUCUCCACAGCUGGAAGAAGAACAACAAUUAGAAAAUCAAACAACACCAAUGAUGUUUAAUCCAGCCGAGUUUGAUUCUAGAAGGCCAAGUAUCAGUAACCAACGCCAUACAAUAGGACGCAUGGGCCGCAGAACUUAUCCGACAUGAACAUUGGUUUUCAUGGGUAUCUGAGACAAGUUGAGGCAUUUGUAAAUUGAAAUGCAUGUUAAUGUCUCGGACAAUUGUGAUAGCUGUGAAUAAAUAUAGUUAUAUAAUUAUAAAUUUAUUUUUAAAUGGAAUAUAUUAUAUACUAUUUAAUUAUACACCAUUUCAAUGAGUUAAGGAGUUCUUUUUUUUCCAUUUUAUAAUGGGUUUUUUUACUGAGUGUUGGUAUUUUGAGAAAUUUCUUUAAUUUGAUUGUUUAUAAAGAAUAGUUUUGUAAUUUAAAUUUGUAUUGCCAUUUUUCAUUGUUCAACACUUUUAUAAAAUGUGGAGGGGCGAAAUAAUUGAUGUGGAUUUAAUAAAUAAAACUAUUAAGAUGCUGUUUGGUAGUUCACUUUAACUUCAUUCAUACUAAUAAUUUUUAAAAAUUGUUCUGAGAACUCCUUAACUUGUAAUUUUUACUAUUAAUAUGACAAAUAUUUAUUGAAGUUUUAGCGUUCAUUUGGGAAUGUUUUCUUUAAAAUCUAACCUGUUAUUUUAAUAAUUUGUAAUUAUUAAAGUGGAAUUUUUAUGAGAUGUGUUGGUCUGAUUCUAAUAAUUAAAAAAAAGGAAUUAGUCAAUGUUUACCUUGUACAGUAGAAUUCUUCAGCUGCAUUCCUUUGUUGUAUGUGCAUAGAUAGUGCAUGUGCAAAAUAAUAAAAUAAAAUUGUAAAAAGUUAUUUAGAUUUUUGUUUUAAACCUAUGUUUUAUGUACAGCAAUGGUGAAUGGAAUGAGAGAAAGUUAUUAAAAUAUUCUUAUUUUGUUGGUU